AUAUGCCUGUGCAGUUUUCCAUCGAUUUUCGUCUUGCGCCACAACGGACUGGGGAUGAAACACCAAACACAUAAAACGGAUUUGAUAUUAAAAAAAUAUGCAGAAACAAGAAAAAAGGCGCGAACUGCGCCUAAAGCGAUUCUGGCGCUCGCCGAAAACAACCUCCUCGGACGACUCCACGGGCUAUGAGAGUCCGACGCGAACGAAACCAGCAGCAGCAAGUGCCAGCAGCAGCGAUGGGCAGCGUUUCAAUCAUCUGCACUACACCAGCCUAUCGCAGGGCUCUGGCACCUCAUCCUCGGCGGGACCGGCGUGUCUCGGUCCAGGGGGUGGUCUGACUGCAUCCACCACUGGGGCAGGGUCAUCCGGGAACAACAAGCCAUCCUGUUCGCUGCCACUGCUUCAGGUGUGGCCCAGCCAGGACUCACCGCGCGGCGAGGCCGAUGGCCAAUCCUUCAUAUUCCCCGCCAUCGUGGAGACGAAUGUCAGCAGCAGCCUCCUGGCCGGAGGGAGCAGCAGCAACCUCAAUCUGAAUGCCCGGCGCAGCCAGAAUCAUCUGACCCUCAGCACGGAUCGGCGCAGCUCGCUAUACUGUGAUACCCUGCACGCCGGCGACUCGGGCAUCGACUCGGUGCAGGCAUCGCCUUCGCCCAACGCCUUCAUCGCCCCGCCGGGUGUGCUGAGCCUCCCCAUGGGUCGGACAGGUGGUGGAUCGUGCCACGUAUCGCCCACAAGUACGCCUACACAGGGCUCCCCGAACCUGUCGCUGGGCCGGCGGGGCAUCAGGAACAGCAUCUGUGUGGUGCCCAGCGGCGAUGGGGGGAGGCGCAAGUCUAGUGCCUUGCUCCACCCGGAUCAUGCCAGGCUGUUCGCGUUGAGGAUGAAGCAUGCGGCGGCUCUGGAACGGGCGCAGACAUCGCCAGACCAAACCUCCAUCGAGGAUGCCAAUGAGUUCCAUGACAACGGACUGGCCACCAAUCUGCGGCUGUGCUCGGCCGCGUCAUCGACGACGUCGUCGCUAACAUCCGUGGCAGCGGUCAGCCUGGGCGGAUCCGGCGGUGGCGCUGCCGGUGGUGGUGGCUGUGUGGUCGGGCUGGGCAUUGGCAGCGGCGGCCUGGCCACCAGCAGUGGCAGCGGUGGCGCCUGCUCCUCCGGCUCCGCCUAUGCUGUGGGCGCGGCGGGCGUCCAGCAGCGCGUCUCCGAUCCGUGGCUGCAGCCACAAUCGGAUCGGGAGCGAGACUCCCGGCAUGAUGGCCGUCGACGUUCCUCAACGAUGACCGCCCGCUACUCCCUCUUCGAUGCCCUCGACCUGGAGUACGUCCUACUGAGGGCCGCAGCCAGGGGUUCGGUGGGUCCGUACAGCCUCAGCGAGUCCAUACACAAGCUGACCUUUACCCAAUCCCUGGCGUUUCCCGCUCUGGCCCGUGGCCUGGCCACCAAGCGUCGCCGAUCGGCGACGCACACGAGCUCCAGGCCCCUGAAUCCGCACGAGUCCGGGCUGAACACCUGCGCCAAGGUGGUCACUGCCGUGGUGCUGGUGGCGCUCUCCUUCAUGGUAUUCUUGAUAGUGUACAAGUUUGUGCGGACGUGAGGUUUGCUCCUGGCCCCGUCGCCAGAGUUGCCAGUCACAUAUCAGGCCAACUACGGACUGGAUGAUUCCUCAUCAUCCAUCAUCUCAUCAGCUGGCCGCAGUCUGGGCAAACACAUGUCGGGGUUCAGGAGCAAAUUAGGUCUGCGGGAGGCCGACUUUGAGUGAUCCCUUCUGAAAGGGAAAGCAGUAGACAACGCGUAGGCAGACGUAUGUAGAUGUAGGUGCAGGUGCAGGUGCAGAAAAAGUGCGUAUUGAAAAUUUUUGUGAUAAACUAUCAAUGAAAAGCAAAUUUUCCACAAAAGAAGAAUUCAAAACAAAACCAAUAACGAAAACACAACUAAGCAAAUGGAUAGAUAACAAAUUAAAGGCUUAAACAAUUAGUAAACCGCUUCAAGAGGCUUGCCAGAGUUUCAUAUAAAAAUAAUACAAAAUAAUAUUUUUUUAUAUAUAUAAAAAUCGAAUCGCUGCUCGCAUUUCCUAGGCUCCUACUUAGCAAAAAGAUUUUAUAAUAGAACUCUAUAGACUCCUCCUCCCCUCCCACAAAUAAGACAAGGGGGCAAGGAAACAGAAACAGAAACGGAAAUGGAAACCAUUUCACUGUUUGCAGUUACAGUUACAGCUGAGAAGUGCCUAACUUUUUGAACUUCUGGCUAUUUUUCUUCCCGUAAAAUCGAAUUUAUCAAUCAAUCGGCAGCUGCUUUGAAGGGAAAGGACUCCCUCUAGGGAAGGUACUUUGGUGGAGGGCAUUGGAAGGAUAUGUGAUGAUGGAUUUUGAGUUAUUUGUGCGCAAUCGGUAAGAUUUUCAUCAGAACUUUGGUUAUAAAGUAAAACAUAUUCCUGCUAAAACCUCCCCCACAUGUUAAUGUUAUUUCUAUUAGUUCAACACUUGAUUUUGAUCUCUGAUAUUUAUAUUUAUUUCCUGAAACCUUUUCCGCCCCAUCAACAUUCCUUGCCAGCCUCCAAGAACACCAUGUUAACAACAUUUUAGUGCUGAAUAAUUGGCUUUAGCCCUUAAGCAACAGGAAACCCCUUGCUUGGAAGAGAUCAAUGGAGAUCAAUGUAACCUACCAGUAAAUAAUGUACUGUACUGUACUGACCUGUUAGAUGGCUGAUUGCAGGGCAGACAGACGAUAUAUGGAAAUCCAGGCAUAUUUAAACAACAUAUUUACGGUAGCUAUAUAUACAUACAUAUGUACUAUAGUUAUACAAGCAAAUUAUAAGUAUAUAUACGAGUCUAUAUGUAGGUACUACGAGCAUAGUAUUGUAUGUACAUAUGUAUGUGGGUGUUUAUAAACGUAUAUAUUUAAGCGGCUUAAAUGUGACAAAGCACUUGCUGAAAUACCAAUACAAAAGAAAACUAUCUAACUCUACUCUUGACUCGCUGCCUUACUUUCCUCUAGUGAAAAUAGUCGAAACGAAACUAAACGAUAAAUACCAACAUAUGUACGUGUAAACGAAAGCGAAAACCCAAUUAACAAAUUCUUCAUAAAUUGCUGCCUUACUUUCCUACACAUUUGAAUAAAAAUCCUCGAAGAAGGAUACAACUUGGACUCUUGGACUCGUCAGAGCGUUUUUCCAAUUUCCUCUACGAUUCUAUGAGCUUGAACCCAAUAGAUUAUGCAGAACAAAAUCAAUUUUAUAUAUCUAUAAUGCUAAAUAUACAGAUACAUAUAAAUAUAAAUAUAUAUUAAAUGUAAUUUUAAAUAAUUGAUAUUUAAAUAAACGCUGGCUAAUAUAAAAAUAAACCCUUUUGUUGUGUAAGCUUAA